CGACACCUUUGAAUUGUAAAAGUAAUAAGAGUUUGCCUAAUACUAGUAUACUACAAAUUCAGCUGAUCAUACUAUUUGUCCAUUUCCAUACCACCUGCACACACUCUUCUUCUUCUUCUUCUUGUGUUUCUCUCAUCGCUCAUGAUACUGAUAUGAUCCCCCGAACUCACUUUUUCUUUCAUAUCUAGCAAUGGUGACCGCCACAAACCGCAGCGCCCAUCUUCAUUCUCCAGCGUCCCGUGUUUUAAUUGUAGGUAAUUACUGCCACGACCUUCUCAUUCAAAAUGAUACCAUUCUCGCUGAAUCUCUCGGCGGUGCAUCCUCUUUCAUAGCCACCGUUCUCAAUGGAUUGUCCAUACCUUGUACCAUGAUUGCCAAAGUCGGCAAUGAUUUUAAGUAUCAAGUUAUUCACGCCCCAAUUGCCCUUUCUAAUUCCAAAACAACUAUCUUCCAUGCCCAUUUUAAUUCCGGUGCUGCUGCUCUGCAUGAAAAUGGAACUCACGACCGGGUAUUGAAACGGGUCUGCGCUUGUGACCCUAUUCGCCCCACAGAUCUUCCCGAUGAUAAGUUUCAUUAUGGGAUGGCGGUGGGUGUUGGUGGGGAGAUAUUACCUGAAACCCUUGAGAGAAUGAUCGAGAUAUGCGAGGUUGUUCUUGUUGAUAUUCAAGCUUUGAUUAGGGAAUUUGAUGAAGUUGAUGGUACUGUAAAGCUUGUUGAUUUACACAAAACUAGAUUUUCUUCUUUGCUGCCUAGAAUUGGGGUUUUAAAGGUGUCAUCUGAGGAGUCUGUGUUCAUGGAUGUGGAGGAGGUUAGGAAGUGGUGUUGUGUGGUGGUUACAAAUGGGGAAGAAGGCUGUAAGGUUCACUGGAAAUAUGGGGAAUUGGGGAUUUCCCCAUUUUGGGCUGAUCAACAAGAUCCUACUGGCGCAGGGGAUAGUUUCUUAGGUGGCUUUGUUGCUGGCUUGGUUCAAGGUUUUACCGUUCCUGAUGCUGCCUUGCUUGGUAAUUUCUUUGGUUCCCUUACGGUUGAGCAAAUUGGAUUGCCUACGUUUGAUUCCAGGCUUUUGCAGAGAGUGAAGGAUGAAGUUCAAAAGAGAAAAAUGCAGCGUGAAAGAAAGAAUAAUGAGCUAGAGUUAUUGAAGGCUGCGGGGCAUGAAGAGUUCCAUGCUGUCCUUGGUGCAGCAAAAUUAGCAACGCAGGGUUCGAUUCCAGGUUCCACUGAAUACAAUGGAAACUUAAUUAGCAGUUGAUGUAGUGUAGGAUGAAUCAAAUCAGGGAAGAAGCUAAGGCACAGUUAGGAUAUCUCCAAAUUUGCUUCUUUUCUCAUAUCAAAUAAGUUCAGCUAGCGUAGAGAUCAUCUAUUAGCAUAGCUACGUUUCAUAUUCACAAAGCAAUUCCCAUUUAAAGUUGUUAUUAACGGUUUAUAAUAAAAUUUCUUUGUUUAUUCAUAA